AUGCUUCUCCAUCGGCGCCUAUCAUCUCGAGCAUCCGAUCGACUUUCCCCUUCUCUCGUCAACACCGCGAUUCGAAGUGCCAAUCCACAGUACAAGAUCCGUCACUUCUCACAGGAGACCGCAGAAAAGAUAAAUCCAGCUUCAGAAAAUACCAGCCGAGCGCUACAACCGACAGAUCUACUUGAACUAUACCGUGGUCUAGUCAUACGAGGGGAUAUUAAACAUGACGAAGAACAAGUUAGGACUGUAAUGAGACUCAGGCGACUGUCCAAGGCACUCGAAGGUUACAUCCCCAACUUAAUCUCCGGACACGCCGUCCCAGCCAUCACUCCGCCAGGAACGAGUUGGUGGACUCCACAUCAUAAGCUCGAAGAGGAGAGCUCACUUCGCCCAUCCAAGGAGUCAAAAGCUCUGCUCCGGAGGGUCGAUAUAGGGAAGGAGAUGGAGGACCUCCCAUUUCCGAAGGGACUAAUUCUGACCGCUCCCCCUGGUCGAGGAAAAACAUUCCUACUCGACCUUUGGUUUUCGUCGCUGCCUACCAAACACAAAGUCCGAAAACACUAUAGUACACUUGUAUUGGAAAUGUACAGAGCUGUUUGGGAGGAAAGUCAGCACCGUGCGAAAGUCGCUCAAGCCCAACGUCACCUGGAGGCCCAAACUGGAAUGAACAGGGUUAAAUGGUCCGCCGAGCUCAAACAAAAAUGGAAGUCCCUCUUUGAACGCGGGAUCUGGGACCAACAACCAACCGUUGAUACACCGGCUGGUACCACCACGCACAUAUCGCCCCUUCCGAUCUCACAAAUUCUCGCCGCACGCCUUUUAUUACGGCAAGGGUGGCUGCUUCACAUUGAUGAACUUCAGCUACUCGAUAUUGGGAGCGCAACGAUUUUAUCUGAUGUGCUUGCUCAUUUUUGGAAGAUGGGUGGUGUCGUAGUCGCUACCUCAAACAAGGUCCCCGGAGAGCUGUACAAGAACGGCUUAGGAGCAGAACGUGUUAAAGGAUUUAUUGCGGCUCUAGAAGCAAGGUGUGAUGUCUUUACGGUCGGCGGUGGGCUUGAUUGGAGAAGAGAAGAGGAUGAAGACGAGAUAGAUGGAGCACGAGCCAGCGGGGAGGACAAACCGAAGCGGAAUUGGUUCACUCGUGGACAACAAGCUGAUUUUAAUCGUAUAGUUGGAGCCAUUUUGCAGGAUCGGCAACCGGUUCAUACCACCUUGACCAUUUUCUCGAGAUCCUUUACCAUUCUCAAGGCAUAUCCUCCAACUGUUACUUCUCCACCAGCCGCACAAUUCGCAUUUGACGAAUUAUGCAAUACCGCCCUUGGUACAGCCGAUUAUGCAACACUCGCCUCGACGUUUCCUACUUUGAUUAUCACGGACAUACCGAUCUUGAAGCUUGCAACCAAGGAUAGAGCAAGACGAUUCAUCUCUUUGAUUGAUGCCCUGUACGAGGCGCGAGUCAAGAUUAUUUGUAUGGCCGAAGCCGAGAUCGAUGGAACAUUCUUCCCCGAGGAAUUGAGAGGCGAAGAGUUAGAAGGGAGAGAUAAUGAGCAAACAAUGAUGGAAGAGGCUCUCUCCGAAGGGAAUAUUGUCUAUCGACCCAAUGUCUCGACUUACCAACCUGUUGAUCAAGAUCCUCCUGCUGAACGGGACAAUAAGAAGCCAUCGCCAAGAACCUCGAGAAAAGAAGGACUUUCAAUUAAAGAAUUAUCGAUAUUUACUGGCAAGUUUAUACGCAUAUAUUCAUCCCCCCCUCUACCUAUUUACCAUGUGGUGCUUCCAGGUCAAGAAGAAAAGUUCGCAUAUUCUCGUGCAACCUCUCGUCUCGUCCAAAUGACUUCACCCAAAUACGCCGCGCAGGCAAUAUGGCAACCUUUAACCCGGGCACAACAGCCGUGGCACGUCGACACGCCGCCCUCUCGGCCGUCCGACUACAAUCAGAUUCCGACUUUUGCUACCGAGGAUCAGGUGUUAGAGAAGGAUUGGGCAGAAGAAGCGUCGUAUGAUGCCCGACGUAGUCGGAGGGGUCGUCCUGAGCCACCUCGAUUGAGCGAAAACCAUGCUUGGGGUGUGCGAGAUGACUGGGGAAAGGGUGUAGGCGACUGGGGGAAGGGGAAACCCAGGCGGUGA